AUGGAUGAUAAACACCCCAGCAUCAAACGACGUCGUCUAAACGAGGCCGCAUCCGCACUGUCGCGUCCAUUCAAGUCACCAUUGCGCAGGGACAAUCAACAACAAAGUGGCUCGCCUGCAAACAAAACUGAAGAGAACAAUACAGUCACUGAAGGUCAAGGAAAACGUGCUCCCACCACCACCAACCCCGCCCGCUCCAGUCUUCCUAAACCUUUCCUACCUUCGACUACUGACAAACCAAGUCAUGACUCUCACCUAGCCUCUUCAAUCCCUCGUCACCAACGCCCAACCACAAACCCCGACCCUGAAACUUCCGCACUUCAGAAGGAGCAGAAAUCCCUUCUGUCCCGUCUUUCUUCCCUCCGAUCACAGCUCGACACCGCACAGCAAGCGCUGAGAAUCGAAAGCUCAUCUAGAGACGCAGAGCUACAUGUUUUAAUACAGAAAUGGAAGAAAGUCAGCCAGAAUGUUGCAGAUGAGUUGUUCGUCUCUGCAAGAGAUAGGAUUGAGAGGAUGGGAGGGAUGCAGGCUUGGAGGGAGAGGGAGAGGGAGAAGAAGAUGCAGAUGCGGUGGGAUGAUGAAGAGGCAGCGGAGUUUAAAGAUCAAGAUGGUAUGAAGGGGGCUAUUACUCCUUCUACAGAUAAGGAUGAGCAGGAGGUGUUUACAAUGGAUAAGAUGCUUGCGAGUCUGAAUAUUGACUUGAAUAUCAUCGGCUUUGAUAAAGAUGGCCAGAGAUGGGUGGACUAG